ACCGCCACUUUUUUCCGAGUCGGCUUUUUUGCCAUCGACUAGUCCUGCAGGUCAGUUCUUAGCGAACACAUUCAGCACACAGUGGACCGACCUCUCCAGCAGGGCCGGGCGGAUCCCCCUCGACCUAGAGAUGACUAAUUGAGGAGCUAAGCCACAAAGAGCAUGAUCACGUUCGAACAACACCUUCCCACUGUUGAAUGUUCUGCAAACCUUGGACACUUUAUAAAGCUGACCGUCUCUGGACUCCGCUUCAGUGUCCAUCUGCCAUCGCUCCAAGUUCCAACCAAAAUGACUACGUUUCACUUCAGUGGCCAACAGCUAGAUAGUGACCUAGUGACAUCAAUUUCUUCCCUUCUUGACGAUGUCAAUGUCUCGAAUCUGCUUUGGGGCAAUUAUUUAUUAACCGUAUACGGAGAUCCAACAGUUGUUGAUGGUGUGUCCUUCGUCGUGCCAGAUGCGCUCAUCGAAAUAUCCCUCUCCACCCUCGCUGAAGCUGGCUUUCAGCCCUGCUCUCGACCUUUCGCCUGCCCACAUUCGAAUUCGCGCCAGCCGCCCUAUAAACACCUUCAUAUCGAUGACGAGCUUGCGAUAUCGUUGUACCGGAAAUCUGAUGUGCUCUGGGAGUUUCCAGAAUUCGAGGCUGCUCUGGACCAAUCCAAUUUGAAUAUUAUGUGCGCGUCUGACGCAAGGCUUCCUCCAGCUACCCUAGGUCGCGGUCGAGGGCGAUCUCCACACUUUAGUUUCGUCCGAAUCCCGAGCGCCUCGAGGUAUUGUGAGGCUCUUAUUCUGUUGCUCUGUCGGGAUUACGGAGCUGCCUGCGAGACUUAAUGGAUGGCGAUCUUGACGUAUAUGCUAGAGUACGUUGAUGGGACAGAUAUUCUCGACGAAGAAAAUCUGCGAGACGGUUAUAAACAGUUUUACCCUGCCUUAAAGCUGAGUGAUCCAACGAUGUAUUCAAUUCUGGAAGACCUCCGCCGUGAUGUCAAAGGGACGGCUCCUCCAAGUCAAACAAGGUUGACCGAUACGACUGAUGUUGACUAAUUCAGUG